AUGUUCAAGCGUAACGGAUGGGUCUCGGGUGCCACAUUCACACUCAACGGAACGAACAUAUCCGAGUGCACCAGAUACGUUUACCUGGGUCUGGAUAUAAACAUGAAGAACGACAUGAACUCCGAGCUGGGCAGGAGGAAACGAGCGGCUUGGGGAGCGUAUAACAGCAUCGAGCAUGUAGUGAGGAUGACCAGGAACACCCGGCUCCGUGCUCACCUCUUCAACACCACAGUAUUUCCUACUUUAACCUGUGCUUCAAAAACUUGGGCAGUUCGCAAGCAGGAAGAAAAUGCGGUGAGCGUCAUUGAACGCGCAAUUGAGAGAGUGAUGCUAGGAGUAUCCCGCUUCACGCAUGUGAGCGACAGGCUUCGAAGUUCUGUCCUACGUCAACGAUCGAGGAUGAGAGACGCCGCCGCAUUUGCCAAGUACAGCAAAAUAAGGUGGGCCGGAUACGUUAUGCGCUUCAAUGACAACCGUUGGGCCAGAGCCGUGAGCGACUGGGUUCCACGUGAUAUUAAGCGCACUACGGGAAGACCGCCGACCCGAUGGUCAGACUUCUUCACAGCCUCUUCACGUCUUUGA